AUGGAAGAUGACAGUGAACCCGAGCAAAGCUCCUGGGCCUAUCUACCUGAUGUCUGUCUGAGGCAUGUGUUCCAUUGGUUAGAUGACAGAGACAGAUCUCGGGCUGCCUUGGUCUGUAAAAAAUGGAGUUGUGCCAUGCACUCUGGAUCUCUCUGGAGAUGCAGAACCAUCACCUUUUAUGGCCAGCCAUCAAGGGCACGCACACUGGAGUUUCAAAGUGCACUGUGGUAUACCAAGAAAUUUGGCAAGUAUUUGAAGCACCUUGAGAUCAAGUUAUCGAAUCCUUACAAUACUCCCUUUAUCAAAAAAUUUCAAGUGAUUAUGAGAGGUCUUCUUUCACACCUGGGUAAGUGUAAUAGUCACCUAGUAUCCCUGAGCAUCAAGUACCUAGAAUUGGACUGCUUGAUCUGGAGAAAUGUGGUUAGGGCUCAGUUUAUCAAGAAUUUAGCUGCCUUCCUGAAAAGAAUGAGCAAUCAACUUGAUUAUCUUAACUUAAAAGGAGCAAGAAUAACUUUGGAAGAAGGCUGUGAGCUUCUGAAUUCUCUAAGCAGUUUGACAAACAGAAGCUUUAUAUCUGAAAUCAAUAUUGAGGAUUUCUUCAGUCUUCACCUUUCUGUCUACAGCAGUGCCUUGUUCCACCAAACUAUGUCUAAGUUCCACAGGCUGACCAUCCUGACUUUCAAUUAUAACUGCAUGUCUGAUGAACUGCUGGACAUCCUGCGGGAGCGCAGCUCUCAUUCUCUGUGCACCUUGAAUAUCAAGUGUCAUAUCCAUGACCCUCAUGGGCAAGUGGUCUCAGGAAUGUCAUGGGCAAACUUGGCCAAGAGAGCCCCAAAACUGAAUGUGAACUUCUUCUUUGAAAGAGUCAUGAAGCAUGAUCACCUAGCUAGGAUCCUGCUAGAGGAGAUCCCAGUUAGGAGCAUCAGCCUACGGAGCUGUUAUUUUAGUGACCCAGACUGGACUAUGAGACCUACUCUCACCAACCUUCUCCCAGCUUACUGGCAUGGUCUGCAGAAAUUAACACUUGAAUUAAACAAUGACCAUGAGUUGCUGGACAAUGAGCUCCUACAGCUUAUUUUAUCAUGCAAGAGGUUGUUAUUUCUGAAAGUCUGGGCAUUUCUAAGUGUCAGCUUUAUGGAGAGGCUGCUACAAAACCGUGCAGAAAGGAAAUGCAUUUUGACUACCAUAAAGGUCAGGAUUUAUACAGCCCAAGACGACAGCACUGAGGAGGAGCGGCUGCUGGCUGAUAUUUACAGGAAAUUCAAGUACCUGAUUGACUCAGAACUGAAUUAUUUUGUCAUCACUUACCCAAUGGUAUAAACUACAGGAAGAGAACACCCAGUGACAUCUGCAUUAAUGGAUCCUUUGGAGUGCUUUAGUAAGGGAUUUGAAUUUUGACAGCAGUGCUUCCAAAAGGGAGUUAUCAUUCCAGCAAGUGAGAAGCAAGGGACAAUU